GUGCGUCUCUGCUAUAUUCUAUGCUACGAAAUUCAAACCAAAGAGCGUCCAGGUCAACGACCGACUUACUCUCUACCAAAAUGUCUCAACCCUACCACACUUUAACCAAGUCCCUCACCUUUCCCAAUCUAGACCAGUACCAAUGGUGGCAGCAAGCUGGGCCAACUCUGUCCAAGUUGCUCUCCACAGCUGACUAUCCCAUUGACCAACAAUAUCAAUAUCUCCUCCUGUUGGGCCUACACAUCAUCCCCAUGCUGGGUCCGUACCCUUCGUCCCAGCGACCGGGCCUCUACAAGAGCCCCAUCGGCGGAAUCGGCACCCUCGAAUUCAGCCAAAACUUCACCAAGGACAAGAACACAGUCCGGAUGGGGUUCGAGCCGGUGCACUACAUGGCGACCACUGGGCAAGACCCAUGUAACCAGCUCAUCAUGAACGAGGCAUUGACAACGUUCAAGCGACUCGGCGCGACCAUGGACUUAUCGCUGUACCAUUCCUUGGUGGCGGGGCUCACCGUCUCCGAUACGGAGCUGAGCAUUCUUCGAGAGAGAGAUGAGCUGAAGAAACAACCAACAAAAUCCCAGCAUGUAUUUGGAAUCGACAUGAAGGGGGGAGACGUGUUGGUCAAGGUUUACAUUUAUCCGCAGCUCAAGGCUCUCGCGCAGCAAGUACCCAUCUCGGAGCUGAUCUUCUCUGCCUUGGGCAAGGUCGACAAUGGUAAGUUGGGCGAGAGCGGGUGUCUUUCUGUCAUGGAGGAGUUCAUUGCAGACCAGAGUGUGAAUCCGGCGACGACCCCCGUCACCUUCUUGGCCUGUGAUCUGCUGGAGCCUAGUAAGGCUCGGGCCAAGGUCUACAUCGCGGAGUUCCAGUUCGACUUUGAGACGCUCUCCCGGAACUGGACCCUUGGCGGGAGAUUGACCGAUCCAGAGACCAUGAAGGGGCUGGAAUUGCUUCAGGAACUCUGGACGGCGUUCGAUCUUCCCCAGGGACUGAGGGAACCCCCUAAACCGGGUGACUCGCCGGCUCGGCUGCCGUUCCUGUACAACUUCGAGAUGCAGUCCGGGAGGAAGUACCCGAAGUCGAAGAUUUACUUUCCCCUGGCGGAUGUGAAUGACCGCGACAUUGCGAAUGUGUUGGCUGCGUUCUUUGAGAAACAUGGAUGUGCGGGAUUGGCGAAGUCCUAUACCGAGAAUCUGUUGCAGUAUUUCCCUGGUGUUGAUAUCUCCGAGUGUGUUACGUUGCAUGCAUGGUUGUCGUUCUCGUACUCGGAGAAAACUGGUCCGUAUAUGACGGUGUACUACCAGUGGCCGGACAGCUUCAACCAGUCCCAUUUGACUGCGGGUAGUUCCUAGUGUGGUCUUCAUGAGUCCUGCGCUUAGAAUGUGGUCUUGUUGGCUCUUUCGGCCUGAACUCACUACGGAGGGGUAUUCCGGGGUAUGAAUGUAUGAACCUAGGGCUGAUGACUCGCAAUCCCCAAUUUUUGAAGUAUUGUCGUCAUUCUUAACGCUUGACCCUGGAUCAGUAUCUUAUCCCUUCAAGUCGAGCACACCUCGACACAAGUAUGCCUCUCUUAUUCGCUAAACUUUGGUAUCUAUCACACAAGCAAUCUCCAUCUAAAACAAUGUUCUUUAUAUUCAAACAUAGUCUAUUUUAUAGCAGUAACCUGUUUAAA